AUGAUGAACUUUACCUUGAUGACAGCUUUCAUUCUCUGCAGCCUCAGCUGGAUCUCUGUCUCAGUUUCUGAGUCUCAGACUGUGGAGGUCCAGUCUGGUGAGGAAGUCACACUGCUGUGCUCCAACAUUUCCAGAGACCCAACUACAACAGAGUGGUUCAAACUGAUCAACAGAACCAAGCCCAGCUGUAUCUCCUCCAUGUACCAGUCUUCAUUCUGUCAUGGAUUUAAAAAUGGAAGAUUUGAAAUGAGCUCCAACAUUUCUACUGUCUUUCUUAAAAUCAAAAAAGUGGAUUUAUCUGACUCUGGACUGUAUUUCUGUGGAUUUUACGUGAAUAAACAUACAGUCAUUGCCAGUACAACUCUUUUAAGUGUUAACGGUAAUGGUGAAUCUGGUGAAGAAGUGGCUUUUAAGAAUGAAAGUAAGCCUGAUGGAAUUACAAACCUAAUGAGUGUGAUCCUGGCUGGUCUGGCUGUUUUCCUCACUAUGGUCGUCAUUGUUCUGGCUGUUAAAAUCAGGAAACUUACAGCUGUGAAUGAAGAACCGCAGCCAGAAGGAAACAAGAAUCUGGACUCAGAUGACCUGAACUACGCAGCUCUAAGCUUCCAGCCAAAAGCAAAAAGAAACCGCAGGCCUGCAUCUGAGAGAGAAGUGGAGACAAAUGUCGUGUAUGCUGCCACCAGAUAGACUCAGAAAGCAACUGGAACUGCAGCUCAGAGUGGAACUGAUGCUUUUUCAAAAUAAAUUGCUGUUGUGUUUUGAGGAAACCAAGCGCAUGUGUGACGGACGAGGAGUCAGAAAGGACACUGAUGGCUGUCACUUGCAGAAAGACUGAGAUGGUCUGAGGAGGAAGGAGUGAGGGAAGUACACAUCACUUGU